GAGCGGCCAAGAGCGGCGAGACCAUUGGCGGCGGCGGCAUCUUCUCUGGCACCCAGCCUUCAGCGCCACCUGCGAGAUCGCUUGGGCGAGUGGGAAGGUCGGGGGAGCAGAGAGAGAGAGAGAGAGAGAGAUUGAGGGAGGUUGAGGGAGAUUGAGGGAGGGAGGGAGGCGCGCUUGGUCUUCGGCUCCCAGCAGCACAGCCCACCUGAGGCUUCAGCCGGAGCCACCCUGAACCCGGCUUGGAGGGAGACUCGGCGACCCCAGCACCCCCGUCACCCCAUCACCCAGUUUGGGAGGCCAAGCGCGGCUCCAGCCCAGCCCAGCCCUCUCCUCUCCUUCCCGCUCUCGCCUCGAUCCAGAAGAGCCUCGCCUUGCGGAGCGGGGCUGGAGCGCUGUCCACUUCAGCACCACGCUUCCCGGCCUCGUUGCCUCUUCCGAGGCGGGCGGAGGCGGGUCCCAAGGGCGCCUUUGGGGUUGCCGCCAAGGGCGACCGUCCCGGAGGACGCCGACCGAGACACCCAAAGGACGGACGGACGGACGGGAGGAAAGAAGGAAGGAAGAAAAGAAGGCUCCACGCCCGACAGGUUUCCUGGCUCUUUUGUUUGCAGCAGAGAGAGAGAGAGAGAGAGAGAGCACGAGGCGGGAUCUUUCCCCGCUUUGCUGGCGGUCUUGGCUUUGUCCUCCCCAUCGCUCCUUCCUUAGGUGACUUGGAUGUCCUAUACUUGUUGAUUUUCUUCCCCGCCUGUGAAAAAUCGACCUAAACCUUUAGGAUUUCUACGUGUUGAGCACUGCCUGGCAGUCGCCCCUGCCUCUAGGACGGAAGUACAGCAUCUUCAAGAGCAUCUACUUGCUGCAGCUGGGCGUUUGGUCUGGGCCCUUCUUCUUCCCACCAUAUUUACAUCUCUGUGUUGCGUGGCCUGGUGCUUGCAAACCCAACUCCCCCAAAGAUCUUCUUGCAGGAGCCUACCGCCAGUCAUUUCCUUGGUAGGUCUGUGUGCCACUAGAUUAACAGGUAUCAAUGGCCAUGUUUCACCAAGGAAGCCAGCUCCCUUUCUCCUUGCUCAGACUUAAUUAACCUCCCCUUCCUUUGCAGACAGGACCUAUAUUUUCAGUAAAUUCCCCCCUUCCCCUUCUGUGGGUUUUUUUUAAAAAGUAUAUCCCUACAAGACUGGGUUGUCCUUGUGGUUGCUUCCACCUCUAUGAUUCUAUGACUUGUAUGAUGUGUAAUGACAUGUAUUUUUUCCAACUAUCUGCCAUCAAUAACUUUCACUAAUACUUUGGCUUUUCCGCCUCAAGAAGCUGGUUCUUGCCUUCAAUGGUGGGUGCUUCUUGCCCCCUCUAGAUACCAAUCAAGGCACUUAUUGAUUUCAGACAUCUCCUUAUGUGCCUGUUGUGUGCUGUGCUUGUUUGGAUGAGUCCACGACAUGCCUAAUAAGAGACGAGAUGGGCCAGGGCGAUGAAAGCGAUCGCAUUGUGAUCAACGUGGGAGGGACUAGGCACCAGACUUACCGCAGCACCUUACGCACCUUGCCCGGCACCCGCUUGGCCUGGAUCGCGGAGCCCGACGCCCACAGUCACUUUGACUAUGACCCUCGUACCGACGAGUUCUUCUUUGACCGGCACCCAGGAGUCUUUGCCCAUAUUCUGAACUACUACCGCACAGGUAAGCUGCAUUGCCCAGCUGAUGUCUGUGGACCUCUCUAUGAGGAGGAGCUGGCCUUCUGGGGCAUCGAUGAAACCGAUGUGGAGCCCUGUUGUUGGAUGACCUACCGGCAGCACCGUGAUGCUGAAGAGGCCCUUGACAGUUUUGGCGGGGCCCCUCUGGAUUGCAGCGCAGAUGAUGGAGAUGCGGAUGGCACUGGAGACUCAGGGGAUGGUGAAGAGGAGCUGGAGAUGACAAAACGCCUGGCACUCAGUGACUCUCCAGAUGGAAGGCCUGGGGGCUUCUGGAAGAGAUGGCAGCCCCGUAUCUGGGCACUCUUUGAGGACCCCUAUUCCUCCAGAUAUGCAAGGUAUAUCGCAUUCGCAUCCCUUUUCUUCAUUCUGGUAUCCAUCACUACCUUCUGCCUUGAAACCCAUGAGAGAUUUAAUCCUAUUGUCAACAAGACAGAGACGGAAACUAUUGGGAAUGACACCCACGUGCGCAUCUACCAGGAAGCAGAGACUGAGGCCUUUCUGACCUACAUUGAAGGAGUUUGUGUGGUUUGGUUUACUUUUGAAUUCCUAAUGAGGAUCAUUUUCUGCCCAAACAAGGUGGAAUUUAUCAAAAAUACCUUGAACAUCAUUGACUUUGUGGCCAUUCUGCCUUUCUAUCUGGAGGUUGGACUAAGUGGCCUGUCUUCCAAAGCUGCUAAGGAUGUCUUGGGCUUCCUGCGGGUUGUUCGGUUUGUGCGAAUCCUGCGAAUUUUCAAGCUGACCCGCCACUUUGUAGGGCUGCGGGUCUUGGGUCAUACCCUACGUGCCAGCACAAAUGAAUUUUUGCUGCUCAUCAUCUUCUUGGCAUUGGGCGUCCUGAUUUUUGCCACAAUGAUCUACUAUGCCGAGAGAAUAGGUGCUAAACCCAAUGAUCCUAGUGCCAGUGAACACACACACUUUAAAAAUAUCCCCAUUGGCUUCUGGUGGGCUGUUGUCACCAUGACGACCCUGGGCUAUGGAGACAUGUUUCCUCAGACUUGGUCGGGCAUGCUGGUGGGGGCCCUGUGUGCUCUUGCUGGCGUGCUGACCAUUGCCAUGCCUGUACCCGUCAUUGUGAACAAUUUCGGAAUGUAUUACUCCUUAGCUAUGGCUAAGCAGAAGCUACCAAAGAAAAAAAAGAAGCAUAUCCCACGGCCGCCCCAGCUGGGAUCCCCCAAUUAUUGUAAAUCUGUCAUAAACUCUCCACAUCACAGUACUCAGAGCGACACAUGCCCACUCGCCCAAGAAGAAAUGUUAGAAAUUAACAGAGCAGAUUCGAAACUGAAUGGGGAAGUGGCCAAGGCGGCGCUGGCAAAUGAAGACUGUCCCCACAUAGACCAGACUAUGUCACCCGAGGAAGGCCUGCCCUUUACCCGUUCUGGCACUCGGGAGAAAUAUGGACCUUGCUUCCUCUUAUCAACCGGGGAAUAUCCCUGCCCGCCUGAUGGAGGAAUAAGAAAGGGUUAUGAAAUGUCAAGGAGCCUUAACAGCAUAGCUGGCAUAAGUGGAAAAGCAGUAGAGUUAUCCUCAAAGCCUGCACCCUACACCUCUCCCAGCCUAAUGAGACAUGCUUGGUCUACAAUCCCAUCAAUUUUGUAGCAUGGAUCAGUAGCAGAGAAUGGUCUAGAUUAACUUUAUAACACUAAUCUUUUAAAUUAGACAAGUAGAGAUCAAAAAGAAAGAAAAAAAGGAAAGCAAUUCUUUCUAAUUAGUCUGAGCAGUACCAUGUAUGAAGACAUGGUCAUGUUUGAAGAUGCCAUGUCUCUCAGUAGCAUCUCAUGAGAACAGCGUUACUACACGUUAGUAACACUUAUCAUUGAAACAUUCUUGGUCAGUGGGGCUGAGAUGACACUGAGUGGGGCUUUAGGAGCUUUGGUGGGCCAUAACACUGCAUGAUAUUGGUACAUAAGACAAUGAGGUGGAUGCACCAUGUAGUUUCUUCCCACCGGUGUACCAUGUUGAUAUGUGCUUUUCUUGGCUUAUGGUGGAUCCACUGGCUCUUAUGGAAUGGUUAAGCAGCAUUUAGUCCAAUGCAGAAAUUUGCCAACGGUUGAAGAUUUUGCUUUUCUCAGGAUAUUUUUGAGCCAUAGGAACCCUGCAGGAAUUUGAGCAAAACACACGCAGUAGGAUGAAAACUUUGCAUGGGCGCCUAUUCUAUGUUGAAAGCAAUAAGAUACACUGUAGAGAGGUCUCUGGCUGGCUGGCUGCAUGGGAAAAAGUACUGGCGGAGAAGAAAACUGGCUGCCUCUGCAUGUAGCUCUUUCUACCUUAGCCCUCCUUCUUUUAAACACACCCAGCUUGGUUUGAAAAGCUCAGGAGAGAAGCUCAAGUAUUGAUUAUAUUCUUUACAUGCAGAUCUUUGCAAAGAAAGUCCUGUCAUUGCUAAAUAUAUGCCAACAGAGGCAGUCAAAGUGACUUGACAUGGAGAGAACGAGAUGGACAAUGAUGGCUUAUAAACGUCUGGGUGGAACUGUGCGGGCUUAGAAGACCUCUUCACUUGGACCAAUGUAAUCUCACUCCAUGCAAGUUUGCAGGACGGUUCUAUGUGGUUUCAGAGAUAUAAAGUAGAUUUGCAGGCUUUUUCUAUGGCCAAAAUGUAACAAACGGUAGAAAUUUGUUGUUGUUGUUCCAUAGCAUGAAUUGCAUGAAAAAAACAAACCAACUCUGCAAUUGUAUGAGUAACUUUAAAGCAGUGCGGGUGGGCGGGGAGGGAAAGACAAAGUGAUAUAUUUUCUUUCAGAGCUCUUUACUUUUACAUACAUUGUUGUAGCCAAACUGUAAAAAUGGUCUAAAAAGCGUACAUUCCUUUGCUAUGGAUUGCUUCUUUUUGUAUACAAACUUUAAAAAAGAGUGAAUGGUUUUAAAAGUGCAAUUGGGCGGUCAUAUUGACCAUGCCUUCAUAAAUUCAUGACAGUGACAUGAAAAUCAAGAACUUUUCAUUGAACUAGAGUUGUGUAAAAUGUACAAACAAUCUUCUUUUCCUGUCUGUUUUUGUUGGCAUGCUUGUGAAACCUGGGACUAAUUCUCAGACCUGACGGUAACAGCUGGCCUAGAUUAAUUUUCCAGCUCUGGUUAUGUUGUACUUUAUUGGUGUAUAGAUCCAAUGUGAAGACUCUUCAUGACAAAUUGUUCAUACUAAGUAAUCAGUAAAUGAAUUUUAAACAUUGAAAAAAUGCUUUUUAAAAAACAACAACAACAACAACCUGGGACUUACAGUAUACAAAUCAGGAGACAGCUCAAAUACAAAUUUGUCUCAGAGUUUAAGAAACAAGGCAACGGCAUUGUAUGCAAUUUAGAACUUCUGCGUAAAAUGCAUGCACAGUGUUAUGCAACAUAAUUCUAGCAUGAAAUAAAUUUUGUAUCAUGGUUUCAAUGCCUGCUGUAUAGUGUAAAUCAGAAUUCUUUUAUAAAAUGAUCAGAGGUUCCCAACUUCUGAUAAUGUGAAUAAAUACAAGACUCCCAGUGGACAUAUGAAAGACAAGUGACUUGGUUUUGAUUUGCUUCAAAAAUGAAAAAAAAAUGGUGGGUAUGCAAUCAAGUGAGCUCUCCCCUUGGUCCUGGAUACAGCUCAUAUCUUCAGUCUUCACAACACUAAUAAAUAAAACAAAUGGAAGAUAAAACUAAAAAAAGUUUUGUCAGUCUCCUGUUCUUUUCCCUUUCAAUAAUAAACAGUUCUUUUUUCACUUGAA